GAGAGGUUGAUGUUAGCUAUGAUGUGCUUCACGUAUUCUCAGUAUGACUAUGUUUGUAUUCUAGGAAGGUCUUGCAUAGGAUCUAUAUUACUAUGUUACCGCCGGAUUAAACCAGUUUAUCUUGUUAAGGACACAAAUCCCACAUUCAUUAGUAUAUAUAAUGUACUUAUAGCCGUUUCAACUUAAUUGCAUGACCUUUUGCUUUUGUAUGAUUGAAGUAUCAACCCUGUGCUAAUAGGCGGCGAGAUCCAUGUGAAUUAGAUUAUGUGUUGAUCUGAACUAUUGUGUUCUAUCUUAUGUAUUUUAAGAUUUAAUAGCAAGACAAGAAAUCAUUGAUGCACUGAAGGAACUCAAAUGAAAUCUAGGCUUCAUAGUCUUUUCUGGGUUGGGAUUUGGGAGAAUAAUAUAUGAAGACCUUCUGUGAAUGGAUGUUGCUCAGCUUUUGUUUCUUAGUGUUUAUUUUUACCUGUAUUUUCUGUUUUCAAUUUUUCUUUUUCAACAAGCUGUUAAUUUACUAGAUCAAUAUGUUUUAGAUGUUGUUACUGGUCCUCCUGUUUUUCAUUGUUGAUCAGAAAAGGGCAUGCUUCUCAUGAGAGGUUGACAAAUAUGUGUGUCCGAGAUAUACAUGCAUUUGGUAGCAAUAUAAGAUAACCUCAAGUGCUUUCUCACUAGGUCAUAGCAUAGUCGCUGGAAUGAGGCACUUUAUUACGGUAUCCAAAUAGUGAAGUGUUUAUGGAUCUCAUUAGGGAUGGAUGCCCCUCUACUUCAGUUCAUUAUGCAUUUUAAAGACUGCACGAGUAAUCUCGGUUGCUUGAAAGUAGAUGUAUAAUCAUAUGCAUUCAUCAUGUGGAUGGCCAUAAAAAUUAUACAUCCACUUGAACUUCUUUAGUGAACCAUUUCAUUCUUGUGAAGCUCCCUUCUAAUUUUUAUCCUAGCCUAUUCUUGUAAGGCUUACAGCACAUUUGUCCAAGCGAAGCUCAUAGGUUGGAAAGCAAAAGGUCUCUCCUACAGUGGGAGACUUGUCAUCUUGAAAUCCCUUCUAUUUAAUAGGAUAGUUGUUUUGGUUAUCGGCUUUUGCGAUCAAGAGAGGCACGCUUAAGCGUAUUUAUAGGAUUAAGUACUGUUAUUGCUGAAGCAAUUUGUUCACUGUUAUUGCUGAAGCAAUUUGUUUAUCUUCUUUUUGAAGUAAUUUUAACUUAAAGUGGAUGGAUUACUUUGUGAAGCUAGUUGACCGAAAAGUUCUUGGUCCGCAUAUAGCAAACUUGACUCUCUUUUUAAUCUAUUUAUUAAGAUAAUGUUCAUUUUUCACUGACCAUUCUCCUACUACUAAUAAAUCUACUCAUUAUCGAGAUUCUUCUGCAUAUAUAAUCUCCAUGAAAACCCCUCAUUCUAGGUCUUUUAUGUGCCAUCUCUUUCUUGAGUCUGUACUAUUUCAAGCUUAUCCAUUCAGCAAUUAAGGGCAGUAGUUGAACAUGUUUUGUGGUUAUAUAAAGGGGAGAAAGGAAAUAGCUUGUUGCGAGAGAUAUCAACAUGCAGAAAGCUUGGUUCUAUCGGGAGCAUGGUCCCAAGGAAGUUCUCCAAUUGGGAGACUUUCCACUCCCCGCUCCCCAUCAUAAUGAGAUACUAGUUCAAGUUAGGGCUGCUGCUUUAAAUCCUAUUGAUAUCAAAAGACGCCAAAAGCCUGUUUUUCCUUCAGAGUUUCCUGUAGUCCCUGGCUGUGACAUGUCAGGAGUGGUGGUAGCAAAAGGCAGUGGCAUGACAAAAUAUUGCAUCGGCGAUGAGGUCUAUGGAAACAUUCAAGAUUUUAAUGCAGAUGGACAACUAAAGCAGCUAGGGACACUGGCAGAAUUCAUAGUUGUGGAGGAAAGAUUUGUUGCCAAAAAGCCAAAAAACCUCUCAUUUGAAGAAGCUGCCAGCUUGCCUUUAGCUGUUCAAACUGCAAUGGAAGGUUUUAUGAAUGCAGAUUUUAAGAAGGGGCAAAAUAUUUGUGUAGUUGGUGGGGCAGGUGGUGUUGGCAGUUUAGUUGUUCAGCUUGCCAAACAUUUCUAUGGAGCUUCAUAUGUUGUUGCAACAACUAGCACAUCCAAGAUGGAAUUUGUCCAAAGUUUGGGAGCUGAUAAAGUUGUUGACUACACAAAUACGGGAUACAAAGAUAUUAAGGAGAAAUAUGAUUUUGUUUAUGAUACAAUUGGUGACUCCAAGAAUUCCUUUGUGGUAGCCAAGGAUAAUGCACCAAUUAUCGACAUAACCUGGCUGCCCUCAAACCCAGUUGCUGUUUAUUCAGCUUUAACAGUUUCAGGGGAAAACCUAGAAAAGCUUAGGCCAUAUCUAGAGACUGGCAAGCUCAAGGCUGUGAUUGAUCCCACUGGUCCAUAUAAAUUUAUGGAUGUAAUUGAAGCUUUUCGGCAUUUAGAAACUGGAAGAGCCCGUGGAAAGGUUGUUAUCUCUUCCUACCCAUCACAGCAUCUUCCCCAUCCUGUUGUAUGCGAAGGCAACAAAAGCAAUCUUGCAGCUUACAUGGGUUAUCAGAAGAUGUCUGUGCACUGAACGCGUGGAUGGAUGCGUGCGAGUGACAUUAUAAAAUAGUAUCUGAAAUUAAUGUUGAAAUUUCAUACUCCUUUGUGUGGAAGGUCUGUUAUUAUUUUCUGUUGUAGCGAAUUGUGAUUGUGCUAUCUAUUCUACGAGUUCUUCUACGACUUGGCCGUCGUGAAAUA